AUGUGGAAUGUGAGGAAGGUUUUCCAAACAUUUGAAACAAAGGAGAGCUGCAUAGCCUUUGCUGAAGAGCAAGGGCUCAUAUUAAAGAAAAGGCUUUGCAGGAUGCAUAAAAUCCCGAUGGUAUUAUCAAUGGCGGGGACUAGUAUCGUCGGCACAUUUAGAUGCCGAAAAGUAUCGUGCCGUACGCGUUCAGCAAUAUCUAGGUCUAAGGGUACUUGGUUCGAAAACGCCAAAAUACCCUUAAAUCAGAUAUUUUACCUCAUGUUUUGUUUUUCGUCGCACUGGUCGCAUGAGGAGGUGCGAAAAAAUAGCUUUGUCAGGGAACCGAUUUUAUCCAGCGCUACCAUAUGCGACUGGUAUAACUACUGCCGCGAGGCUGUAGUAUUAUACCAAGUGGACCAUCAGGAGAAGUUGGGUAAAAUUAGUGGCCCUGGGAAAAUAGUACAAAUUGACGAAAGCAAAUUUGGAAAGAGGAAAUACAACAAAGGCAGGAGGGUGGAAGGUCACUGGGUGUUGGGAACGGUGGAAGAUGGCAUUGAGGACUUGCGGUUGGAGGUAUGUCCUGACAAUGUCAGGUCUGCUGAGGUGCUCAUACCCCUGAUCGAAAAACACGUUGCACCCGGCACAAUCAUUUGCACCGAUUGUUGGAAGGCGUAUGAUUGCUUAUCAACUCACGGGUAUGAGCACCGUCGGGUAAACCAGCGGGUAAUGAAAAGAUUUUUCUCAAAGGAUAAUUACAACAAUCCAGAAAACUUUGCGAAUCUUAUCAUUGAAUAUGUGUGGCGAAAAAAUAUUGCAAAUAAGCAUGAAGAUCCUUUUGUGAAAUUACUUGAAGCAAUAAUACACACUUACAAACCAUAA